AUGCCUGCCCGUUCCCAUCUUGACUCAUCUUCUCCAAAAGCCGCCACACGGGCACCCAAGAAAAUGAAGGUGACAGGAUCUGCUCAUGAUAAUCUUACUGUCAGUAAACCUGAUGUUGAGACAGUAGAUUUUGAAGACCUCUUUGUGGAAAAGUUGGUUAUAGCUUUGAGAAAUAGGAUGCCAAAAGAUGCAGAAAUUGAAAAAAGAGAACGAAGUAUUGUACUAGCCGGACUUCCUAAGACUCCAAUGGACCGACAAUUGCUUGAAAGGAAACAACAGUUGGAGAAAUCGCACAUGUGUUAA